UUUCUUUUUUUUUGUCGGCAACAAUUUCUUUGUCUUCUUUCAUCAAACAAUCAUCUUUACCUUCUAAUCUGAUUCUUAGUCUCAUCGGCGCCGACCAACCUCAUGCUCUCCAUCUCCAACAGAGUUAAAUCAUCCACCGAGUGUUUCAAUUUCCGCAAAGGGAUCCAGCCAGAGUUCGUACUGAAACGGGAAAAACUUAAUAUAUGCGGAUGCUAAUUACUAAUUAGAAUUCCAGAUCUAUUUCGAUCUAGAGCCAACGAAAGCGAACCCAUGUAUCUUUCUCUCUAUCUCUUUCUUGCAUCACGGUGAUCCCUCUAUCCGACGAGAAUUUAUGAAAUCGGAAGCAAACAGAGAAUUGUGGUAUCAUGUCACCGUCCAUCACGUCAUAUUGCCACCGCAAGCAUCAGCAAAGGCAAGUCUCGCCUCUUAUUCCUCACUUCUUUCUCUUUCUGAUUUGUUACCCUGUUAUUAAAAAGAGUCAAAAGUAGCAGCCAUAGGGAAUUAAAUGAAAGAAUGUUGAAGGUUUAUUGUGAGUGUAGAUGGUGUAAUCGAGUUUUAGGUUAGUAAUAUUUAUAGGCAAACAAUUAGGUCGACCAACACAUCUUUACACCUCUAAAAAAUAUCCGAUCAAGCAAAAAAUUAGGGAGAUAAUAACUAUAUUGGUUUUUUAUGGAAUCUUUUAUAUUUUGGUAUUUAAUUUUGUUUCUCUUGAUUGAUUUAGAAGAUAAAUGAUUGGUGAGAAUCAGGAAGUUUGAACACAAAUCUCGGUUAGGAUCAUCGUCGAAGGUAAUAAAAUCUCUGUCUAUUUAAUAUUUAAUAUUUUAAGAUAAAUUAUUAGGACGAAAUAUUUGGGAAUCAAGAGAUUUGAUCAUAAAUCUCGGUCGUGAUCAUCUCCAAGGUUUAAAAAUCUGUCUCUAUUUAAUGUUUAUUAUUUUAAUAUCUUGAAGCCAAAAUUUUAGAUCUCAAGUGGGUUUGGGCUUUAGUAGGAAGGAGCUAUGUCGUCGAACCCAACUUAUCAAUUCAAAAAUUUGAUGGAAUUCCAGAAAGCGAUUAUAAGUCCAAUCAUUCUUUUUAAAGCAAGGUUAACAACUUUCACCAUGAAGAUGACUCUGUUGCCAAUGCUCAUUAGUUGAAGAUUUGCAGAUAUGGAUUCGUUUUCAACAUUGGAUUUUUCACCGGGAACGUCGUCGUUGAAGCGGAACUCUGGUGAUGUUGGAUGGGAAUACGGAACUUUGUAUGACCCGAAGAAUCCAGAUAGAGUGAAAUGCAAGCUGUGUGGGAAAGAAAUGGGAGGAGGUGUAUAUAGGAUUAAGGAGCAUAUCGCUCACCGUAAAGGGAAUGUAUCCUCCUGUCCACGGUCUACGAAAGAAGACCAGUCUAAAUGUAUGAAAGCGAUCUUGGAAGCGAAGAACAAGAAGAGGAGAAUGAAUAGAGAACCGGAUUUGUUCGGUUUUGCUGUUAAUAAUGAGAAGGAUAGAGAUGAUGAUGAAUUGGAUGAGAAUCCUAAUAUAGUUCAAGGUCCGAUGGAUAAGUUCAUGAUGGCUGUUACUCCUGAGGAUUCUUUAGGUGGCGAAACAGGACAAGAAAAAGGUAAUGAUUUGGUUGUGCAUCAGUAUUGUGCUAGAUGGAUAUAUCAGUCUGGUAUUGCUUUUAAUGUCGUUGAGAGCGAUUCGUUUAGGUUGUUUUGUGAAGCUUUAGGAAGGUUUGGACCUGGUUGGGUUCCUCCAAGCCAGUGUGAACUGAGGGAUACAUUGUUGAAAGAGGAAGAAGAAGUUAUUACUGAGAAACUUAAGAGUCUAGAGGUAGAACGGGUAUAUAAUGGUUGUUCUGUACUGAUAGAUGCAUGGAGUAGUGGCACAAAUAAGAACGUUGUGAAUUUUUGUGUCAAUUCAAGAGGAGGGACGUGUUUUGUUUCUUCAAAAGAGGUCUCGAAGGAAUCUCAGACUGGUGCGUUUAUCUUUGAGUAUGUUGAUAAAUGCAUACAAGAUUUUGGUGCUGAGAAAGUUGUUCAGGUGAUAACUGAUUGUGCGGAGAACAACUUGGCAGCAGCAAGGAUGUUGAAAGAGAAGAGACCAGGUAUAUUUUGGUCAGCAUGCGCUGCUGAUACUGUUAAAUUGAUGCUUGAAGACAUUGUUAAGCUGCCAAAGGUUUCAAAGUACAUUGAUAAAGCUAAAGCUGUGACCACGUUCAUAUAUGGUCAUGAGAAAACCUUAGCUAUGAUGAGAUCUCAUAUAAAGGAAAAGGAUAUUGUAAGGCGUGGAGUCACGAAAUUUGCUACGACCUUCUUGACUUUGCAAAGCUUGUUGGAGAAUAAAGAACAGGUUAAAUUUAUGUUUGUUAGUGAUGAAUGGGACAGAUGCAACGAAUCCAAAUAUGUAAAGGGUAGAAGUUCUUACUACACCUGUUUAAGUCCUGCAUUUUGGAAUGGGGUCGAACGAGUUGUGAAGGUUUUGGAGCCUUUGGUUAAAGUUCUUAGAAUGGUCGAUGGAGAGAAAAAACCUUCAAUGGGGUUUGUUUAUGGAGAAUUAGUAGAAGCCAAAAGAUCUAUCAAAGCUGCUACUGGUAAUUUGGAAAGGUAUUACCAACCUAUCACUGAGAUCAUUGAUGAGAAAAUCAAAGGUAGGUUGGAUACUCCAUUACAUUUGACUGCCUACUUGUUGAACCCGGUUUACUUCUAUAACGAACCAACCGUUCAGCUGGAUGCGACACUCAUGACUGGCUUUCUCAAAUGUGUUGGGACUUUUUACCACGGUGAGUUCGAGAAACAAGGUAACGCUGUCAAUGAGUUUAAAAAGUAUGAGGAUAAACUUGGAUUUUUUGGAAAGCCUCUUGCUAUAAGAGGAUUUGAACAGAAUAACGAUGAGUUUCAACCAGGGUAUUGGUGGUCAACAUACGGAACAAGUGUGCCUAAUUUGUUUAAACUAGCAAUGAGGAUUCUCACUUUGACUUCUAGUUCAUCUGGUUGUCAACGAAACUGGAGUACUUUCGAAGAGAUUCACAAAAGUGAGAGGAAUAGACUAGACGUUGAUCAAAUGAAUAGUCUAGUCUAUGUGCAAUUCAAUUCAAAGUUGAUCAACAAGCGAAAGAGUAUCAAAGAGGAAAAUGCUGAUGUGAUCGUUGAUGGUGAUGACGAAGAUGUAGAGGAGUGGUUUGUGGAGCUGGAUCGAGAAGGAGAAGAACAUGAAUUUAUUGAAGAUGGUGUACCUGCCAUGGACCAUGGAUGUUUUUUUGUAUAUCGAAAACAAGAUUGGACGAACAAGUUGAUGAAGCAAGCAAAAAAAUCAAAUCGUGGUUGUUUGGAAAGCAAGAUCAAGCAAUCAUAGACUUUGUCUAUGGAUUCUCCAUCUUUACAAAACAUAGAUUGUAUUAUUUUCUAUAUUUUGUUUUGUAGUUUAGU